AACUUUUGUAGUUGUGUAUGCUUUACAUGUUACUACUUGUUUUCAUAGCAGAAUUGUAACAUCCUGGCUUACAUGCAUGAGCCAUCAUACCUGGCCCAAAUUUAUAAACAUGUAAUAUGUAUUGAAUUGUAGUUAGCCUUAUAGCACUUAAUAUUGUAUGUUGGAAUCUUCUAAACUUGGUUAUGUAAAAAGUCAUUUGGUAUACCACACAAUGUCACCUACCAGGUAGUCAAAGCAUUUACCAUUUUACGGUGAGAUGAAGUAGAAAGGAUACAUCUUAGAAGACAGAGCACAAGGCAGCCACAUUUACAGAGGAAGCAGUUGAGGCAAAUCUGUGUCCCUCUUAGAAAAGUCCGAGGAAACAGAAAUUAAGCAAGGCAUCCCUCAGCCAGCCGUCUAGUAGGUUCUCCAUAAAUGGAGAAUAAAACCUUACAGCCUUCACCUGUUACAAGCCUUGAUGGAGACAACUAAAGCAAAAUGAUACAAGUUUUGCUGCAGAUUUCAGCGUCACAAGGAAGUGGAAAUGACUGUCAGCAAUGAGGCUACAUUUUAUUUAAGUAGAAAUAUGAAUCAUUAUAACCGCCAUGUAUAGAGCACUGAACACCAACAUUUUGUAACUGAACUUGCAAGGGAUUCACUCAGAGUGAAUGUCUUUUGUUGCCAUGUGAAGCACACAGGUCUCAUCAGUUCCUUGUAGAAGAUACUAUCAAAAGCAUCUAUUUUGGGGCAUGCUUAUGGAGUGGUUUUCCCUACAGCUGUAGAAAGUCUCCAGCUACUGCAUUUUCCUUCAGGAUGAGGCUCUGCCUCACUUCCAUUAUGCAGUCCAGAGGUUCCUAAUGAACACAUACCCUGAUAGGGAUCAGACACUGUUCAAAAGAUUGACCUGCCUGGCUGGGCGCAGUGGCUCACGCCUGUAAUCCCCACCACUUUGUGAGGCUGAGGCGGGCAGAUCACUUGAGGCCAGGAGUUUGAGACCAACCUGGGCAACAUGGUGAGACGCUGUGUGUACUAAAAAUACAAAAAUUAGCUGGGCAUGGUGGUGCACAGCUGUAGUCCCAGCUACGAAGGCUGAGGCACGAGAAUCGCUUGAACCUGGAAGUUGGAGGUUGCGGUGAGCCAAGAUUACACCACUUCACUCCAGCCUAUGCGAAAAGUGAGAUUCUAUCUUGGGGGGGAAAAAAAGAUUGACCUGCCUCUGAAACAGUGGCCUCCAGAUCUCUCAGAUACCCUGCCAUGUGACCUUUUCUGAGAAUUUGUCAAGAACUUCCUUGUUUGUCCCACUUCUUGUACUGUAAGGGAAAUGCCAUUUCAACUAUGAACAGUGAUGAUAUGUUACAAAAGGUCUGAAUGAAGUGGGCUGUAGGAUCUGUGUGUGCUUUGUGACAGGAAAGGUGUAUGUCAAGCAUUUGUAAGAUAAUAGAAAUAUCUGUGAUGGCACCUUUGCAGAUUCUUUUGGACUGCAACCUAGUAACCAAGUAAUACAUUUUUGAAAACCUUCAGUUCUGUUUGUUUGCAAUAAGGUUUAUUGAGGAUAAUCUAUGUCACAUACAAUUAAUGUACAGAUUUUAAGUUUGAUAACAAAUGGAACCACCACCUCAGUAAAGAUAUUAAACAUUUUUUUUUCUUUUUUGAGAUGGAGUUUUGCUCUGUCGCCCAGGCUGGAGUGCAGUGGUGUGAUCUUGCCUCACUGCAACCUCUGCCUCCCGGGCUCAAGUGAUCCUCCCACCUCAGCAGCUGGGACUACAGUCACUGUAUAUAUGCCUUAUUUCCUGGGUCCAUGGGAAGCAUGAGUCUGUUGGGACUUGGGACAAGAAGAAAACAAGACAUCUUCACAAGGAAAACCAAGUACUAAAAAAAGGAUCCUCCCAACUCUGAAGAGAUAGAACACAAACAUGGCCGACAGUGGACUUAGGGAACCUCAAGAGGACUCUCAAAAGGAUUUGGAAAAUGAUCCAUCAGUAAAUUCUCAGGUGCAGGAGACCACAAUCAUAGCAAGUAAUGCUGAAGAAGCUGAGAUCCUACACUCUGCCUGUGGUCUUAGCAAAGACCACCAAGAGGUAGAGACAGAAGGUCCAGAAAGUGCAGAUACAGGUGAUAAAUCAGAAAGUCCAGAUGAAGCAAAUGUGGGGGAACAUCCAAAGGAUAAAACAGAAGAUGAGAACAAGCAGAGUUUUCUGGAUGGCGGAAAAGGGCAUCACCUCCCUUCAGAAAAUCUGGGUGAAGAACCCUUGGAUCCAGAUCCCAGCCAUUCUCCAAGUGACAAGGUAGGAAGAGCAGAUGCACACUUAGGGAGCAGCUCUGUGGCCCUCCCUAAGGAAGCGAGUGACGGAACUGGAGCAUCUCAGGAACCACCUACUACAGACUCCCAGGAGGCCCAGAGUACUGGUCAUUCCAGUGCAGGGCAAGAGGGUGAGGAUACACUGAGGAGGCGACUGCUGGCCCCAAAGGCUGGAAGUCAUCCACAACAAACACAAAAAUUGGAAGAAAUUAAAGAGAAUGCACAGGACACCAUGAGACAGAUUAAUAAAAAGGGUUUUUGGAGCUAUGGCCCUGUGAUUCUUGUCGUCCUGGUUGUGGCUGUUGUGGCAAGUUCUGUGAAUAGCUACUAUUCCUCUCCAGCCCAGCAAGUGCCCAAAAAUCCAGCUUUGGAGGCCUUUUUGGCCCAGUUUAGCCAAUUGGAAGAUAAAUUUCCAGGCCAGAGUUCCUUCCUGUGGCAGAGAGGACGGAAGUUUCUCCAGAAGCACCUCAAUGCUUCCAACCCCACUGAGCCAGCCACCAUCAUAUUUACAGCAGCUCGGGAGGGAAGAGAGACCCUGAAGUGCCUGAGCCACCAUGUUGCAGAUGCCUACACCUCUUCCCAGAAAGUCUCUCCCAUUCAGAUUGAUGGGGCUGGAAGGACCUGGCAGGACAGUGACACGGUCAAGCUGUUGGUUGACCUGGAGCUGAGCUAUGGGUUUGAGAAUGGCCAGAAGGCUGCUGUGGUACACCACUUCGAAUCCUUCCCUGCCGGCUCCACUUUGAUCUUCUACAAGUAUUGUGAUCAUGAGAAUGCUGCCUUUAAAGAUGUGGCCCUGGUCCUGACUGUUCUGCUAGAGGAGGAAACAUUAGAAGCAAGUGUAGGCCCAAGGGAAACGGAAGAAAAAGUGAGAGACUUACUCUGGGCCAAGUUUACCAACUCUGACACUCCCAGCUCCUUCAACCACAUGGACUCAGACAAAUUGAGUGGGCUGUGGAGCCGAAUUUCACACCUGGUACUGCCAGUCCAGCCAGUGAGUAGCAUAGAAGAACAGGGGUGCCUUUUCUAAAGCUAAGCACAGAGUUGGUUACAGAAGGUAUAUGUUUAUGAAAAAGUUUGUUUAAAGGCCUUCCAUUUAUAUGGAAGGAGGUUGAUAAAAUAGCUUGAGGAAAUAGCCUGAAAAACAAAGAUGAGCUUAUUUUAGAAACAAGUUUUUAUUUUUUAUUCCUUGUAAAAUCUUUCUAAUCUAAGCCUUGACAAAGCUAAAAAUUAACCUGACUUUUUUUCUUUGGACCAAAUCAGGUUUGAAAUAUGGAUGAUAUAUAUGAGAAUUUUUUUUAAAUUCUAAAAUAUAGCAACGUUGCACAGGAAGAUACUCUUACUUCUUAGAGUAACUACAGAGUGAUUUUUUUUUUCUUGAGUGAGACUCUGAAGAACCUUUUCGAUAAUGUUUGGACUUGGACUAAAGCAAUUAGAAUUAUGAGGCAAUGAUAACCUUUAGAAAAUUUUUCUAUCACAUGUUGAAUAUUUUCAAACCUUACUUUAAUAAUCUAAAGUUACGGGAUUAUAUCUUAUAUUAAUUUUGCAGUUUUGAGUAGUAUGAUAAAAGAAAUAAGAAUUCAAACCAUUAAGUACCUACCUAAAUACUACAUGUAAGGCACUGUGCUUUUAUUCCAUUCAGCUGAGGUAUAAGCAGCUGUACUCAAAUGUUCUUAAAAAUGAGAACCAGUGGGGAAAUUGUUUAUAAUCAUUGGAAAUGAAGAAAUUCCAAUUGGCUAUAUCUUUACUUCAGCUUUUCUUGAACGAUUUACAGCAGUGAUUUUCAAACUGUGUCUACUGGCACCCUUCCCCUUUGUAUCAGAGCAGUUCUGCUUUUAACUGUUUUAUAUGUUGGGGUUCUCUAUGAGAUUUCAUUGGAACAAAGAGUUUCACUGAUAUUCGAGUUUGAAAACCAUUGAUUAAGUGAAAAAACAUCUUAGAAGAUAGGAAAUAUGUUUAAAAAAUGAAUGUAUUAAAUCUUAUGAGUAGGAAGAUGAAAUACAGGUUUAUUGUAUAGAUACAUUAUUUAUGAAGGAUAAAGAUCUAUACAUGAACAGCAGAAUGUAUAAGCUAGCAUUUACUAGCAUGUCUCUGAUGCUUCUGUCCAUUUCUGUUAAUCGUCAUUUCUGUCCCCUCUGCAUGGAAUUUUAUACUUGUCUAGGGUAAGAGUUUGUAGACUCUUUCAGCAGAACAGAUUUUAAUAACCAAUUUAUUUGUUUUAUUUUAAAAGUUUAUUUUUGAAUAACCAAUUUAAUAGUAAAUUUUAUAUGAACAUUUGGCAUAACUUUACCAGUUUAUUUCUAUGCAGUGAUGGAACAUUAUGUAAUGCAGCUCAUUUCUUGACCAACUAGUUAUAGAAGUACCAUUAGGUUAAAAAUUAGAGAAAUCUAAGAGAUGUUAUACUUAGUGAGAGGAAGCAGAAAUGGUGGGUAGAUUCUCAGAGGUUUUGAUGUUCAGUACUGACGGACCAUGUUCUGUGAUUGUAAGAAAGAUUGAAAACAGUUUGUAUGGAGAUAGUAGUUGAUUAGCAUUUGAGCUCUGAAAGCAGAACUCUAGUAAAAUGAUCUCGACCUAACAAAGGGUCUGUUCCAUUAUAUAGACUAUUACCAUAAUCCUGGAUUGUUUCAACUGGGUUUUGGCCUCCCCAUUAUAUGAGAUCAUAUGUAUAUAUCUAAGAAGUCUGAUUAAAGUAUGGAAAGAUUUUAGGAAACACUAAGAAGAUACAGGGAUCUUUAUUGAUACCUAAAAAGAUUACAAUUGAGUAAUUGCUCAAUUGAGUGUAGGGGCAUACCUGAAGGAAGAAUUUGCAUUUGGGACUUCGAAGGAAGCUUCUGAGAGAUUUGGGAAAAGACCUGAACAAAAAGUUAAAGCAUGGUGAAUGUAAUAUCACUGUCAAUCCAGUAUAAAAGCAGAGGAAAUUGAAGGAAAAUCUGUAUACCAUAUGCACAUUUUUUCUGUCUUUUUAGAUCUUAGAUGCUAGCGUUACAUCCACAAAACCAGUGUUGCCUUGUAUAACUAUUAUAUUGGCCUGCUGACCUGUGCUACCUCAGAUCUGUAAAGGAACCAGUAUGUCGCAUAUUCUUGUUUCUUCAUUCAGUUGAAUAUGGUUUUUCAUCAUUUCUCUUCAAAAUAAUUUAGAAAAAUAAAUUUCUAAAGUCAUAAUUUUUUAAUUUAGCCUUUUUAAAAACAUUUUCCCUUCCAUGUAUAGUGCAAUCAAUUGAGGGUGUUGUCAGUUUUCUGUCUGCUAUUUCAAAAGUCUUUUUUUUUUUUUUUUUUUUUUGAGAUGGAGUCUCACUCUGACUCCCAGGCUGCAGUGCUGUGGCUUGAUCAUAGCUCACUGUAGCUUUAAACUCCUGGGCUCAAGCAAUCCUCCCACCUUAGCCUCCUGAGUAGCUGGGACUACAAGUGCAGACUACCACACCACUCUACCACACUAUUUUGUAUAGAGACAGGGUCUUACUGUGUUGCCUAGGCUGGUCUUGAACUCCUGGCCUCAAGUGAUCCUCCCACCUCAGCGUCCCAAAGUGUUUGGAUUACAGAUGUGACCCAAUGCACCCAACCAAACUUCUUUUUUUUUUUUUUUUUUGAGAGAAGGUCUUGCUCUGUCACCCAGGCUGGAAUGCAGUGCAGUGGCACAAUCUCAUCUCACUGUAACCUACACCUCCUGGGUUCAAGUGAUUCUUGUGCCUCAGCCUCCCAAGUAGCUGGGAUUACAGGCACGCACCACAAUGCCCAGCUAAUUUUUGUAUUUUUAAUAGAGACGAGGUUUUGCUAUGUUGUCCAGGUUGGUCUCGAACUCCUGGCCUCAAUUGAUCCACCUGCCUUGGUCUUUCAAAGUGCUAGGAUUAUAGGCACGAGCCACUGCACCUGGCCUCAAAAAUCAUUUUUAAAAGAAGCAGUAUAUUAGCUCUGGGUCUUCUCAUGACUAAAAUGACUAUUUUUAAACAUAAGACCAUAUUUUAUAAAUGUACAGAUAAUUCAAAUCUAUUAUCUAAUGUAUUAGGUUAAUUUCUAUUUGUUCUAUACUUUUUUUUUUGAGAUGGAGUCUUGCUCUGUCGCCCAGGCUGGAGUGCAGUGGUGCAAUCUUGGCUCACUGCAAGCUCCGCCUCCUGGGUUCAUGCCAUUCUCCUGCCUCGGCCUUCCAAGUAGCUGGGACUACAGGUGCCUGCCCCGACACCUGGCUAAUUUUUUAAAAAAUAUUUUUAGUAGAGACAGGGUUUCACCGUGUUAGCCAGGAUGGUCUCGAUCUCCUGACCUUGUGAUCCGCCCGCUUUGGCCUCCCAAAGUGCUGGGAUUACAGGCGUGAGCCACCGCACCUGGCCUAUUGACAUUUUUUAAGGUUUCAGAUUUUCUUUUGUGUGUCUAGUAAUUCAUCUUUUAUUGUCAAAGAUAAUUUGCUUAUUUGACUUAGAAAAAUGAUUUGUGGGCAUACAAUAUUGUAUGUGAUACCUAAACGUUGCCAUUUUAGUUACUCUUACAGAACAACUUUCAUUACGCUGUAUAUUAAUAUAAAUUACUUCUUGAGUAAUCCCAGAAUUGUAGAACCAAUUGGUAGAAUCAGAAACUGUCUUUGGACUUGAGGUUUUUCUUCCCUUAGGGUAAAUUUUAGGUUUUCUGGUUAGUUUCCAGGAGUUGGCAGAGAAGUUCAUAUCACUAAAGGUGUUCAUAUCACUAAAAUAGUAAUGCUAAUUUGUUUCAUAUUUCUAUUUUAAAAAGCAAUCAAUAAAGACAUUUCAAUACAUUUCAUUUGGAAGCCCCCAAGUGUAUGGUGGUUAAUGAGGCUCAGCAUGCUGUUAACCCACCAUUCUCUCAGCUAGUGACUCCACUAAAUAGUGCUAGCCACUGAGAUGGUUUUGACCCUUUAAUAGCCUUUUUUUUUUUUUUUUGAGACAGAGUUUCACUCUUGUUAUCCAGGCUAGAGUGCAAUGGUGCGAUAUCUCGGCUCACUGCAACCACUGCCUCCCAGGUUCAAGAGAUUCUCCUGCCUCAGCCUGCCAAGUAGCUGGAUUACAGGCACGUGCCGUCACGCCCAGCUAAUUUUUGUAUUUUUGGUAGAGACAGGGUUUCUCCACGUUGACCAGGCUGGUCUCGAACUCCUCACCUCAAGUGAUCCACCCGCCUCGGCCUCCCAAAGUGCUGGGAUUACAGGCGUGAGCCACCGCGACUGGCCUACACAGCUUUUAAUUGCUUGAUUUAUACUUUAUUAAAGACAGGAAGCACAAUGAGCAGUGAUACUAAAAUAUAACAAAUAUGGCAUGUGAAAGUGAUCAUUAUUCAGAUGAUCUUCACCAACACUGUAUUUGCAUAUAUCUGACCAAACUUUAUGCGACAUAGGCAGGUCUCUGGCACUUCAAAAAUGAAUGUUAAAUAGAAAAUAAUAAAUAAUAGCUGAUUAGGGUAAUCAUUUAUUUAAUCAGAAUAAAGAUUAUAUCCAUAAAAUUUACUUGCAGAGAAGUACUUUCUUUUUGUUUUAAAGACAGGGUCUCACUCUGUCACCCAAGCUAUGGUGCAGUGGCACAAUCACAGCUCACUGCAGCCUGGACCUCCUGGCCUCAAGGGGAUGAUCCUCCUACUUCAGGGAUUACGCCACCAUGCCCGGCUAGUUGAGAAGUACUUUCAAAUAGCAACAUGAAGCCUUUCCUUUAUCAUUUGAAAAUAAAACGUAGCUGUAAACAUAAACCAGUAUGUCUUUGUAAAGCCAAUAAUAUAUCAUUUUAUAGGAGCAUUGUCUUCUUGUGUUUUUCAAGUUGACUAUGUAGUUCAAUGUCAGUCUCCAUUUUAAUAUCUUGUUUGUUUAUCAGCCUGAGCAUAUUUCAUUUUAAAAUGUAUUUGUUGAGAAGUCAUGGUGGUUUUUUGUUUUUCACAAGUCAAGUAGUUUGAACACUAUCACUUGUCCAAUGGGAAAGUUGAUGCUUAUCUUUAUGGCAAAUGCUUGGUUGAAUAAUAUAUUUGCAAAGAUGUUAAUUCUAGGGAGAGCUAAAUAAAGUUAAGAUACCUGUAAAACAGUUUCUCCAGAUGACUUUAAAAUAAGCCUUAUUUUUGUAAAUUUAUGUUAAAUUUUAGGUGUUAAGUUGUGAAAUACCUAAUGAUGUGGGCCUAAAUUUGCCUCAUUCAGACUGAGACGGGGCUGUUAAAAUUCAUUUCUAGCUAAUAAACUGUGCUAUAACUUC